AUGGAGCCACAAGAUAUACCAACGCAAGAGAAAGCUUCCUCAGAGCAUGCACAGUCACCAGAAGAAACAAUACGGAAAAAGUUAGAGUCCUUGCCUCACGAGCAGUUGAAGAAACUUAUAAAUGACCAACUAGACUUGGAAAUCAGACUCAAGCACAAGGAAUUGAACAUGGCUGAUAAUGAACUCAGCAAGACCGAGUCGCAAAUGUUGCUUCUACGAAAGUUUCUUGACAUUCCGAACAACGAUACAUCGAAUGCCAACAAUUUGACUGUAAAAUAUUACGAUUUAUUAAGCAGGUCCUUGAAUGCAACCUAUGAUAGGUUCAAGGAAAUCCCAACAACGGGGCUAGAGUCAACCUCAUUGUCCAACCCUGAUACAUUGAAUCCACCACCUGGCCACUCAUAUAGAACAAGAUCUACUACAUCUUCCUUACGUCCAUCAUCCACAACUUCGCUGCCACGAGGUACAAAUUUGGGAUGCUUGUAUCGUAGGUCGGAUGGGGUAGUUGUGAGACUUACAUGUCCCGAUUGCCUUCGAAAUAACUUUUCAUCAGCACAAGGGUUCUUGAACCAUAGCAGGAUUGCUCACUCAAAGGAGUAUACGUCACAGGAUACAGCUGCAAUCAAGUGCGGCGAAGUACUUCCCGAUAUACCACAGGAUUCCGUUGGACAAAAGAGUAUAAAGUCAUUACAAGAAAGAGGGUUGGAUCCUUCAAAACAUUUGAAUGUGAGUGAAUUCUUAUUUCAAGACGUUCUGUCGCAAUCCGCAUCUCAAGUGGAGACACUAGAGAAAUUCGAGUUUCCCAAAAAGACUGACAAAGAACCGGACAACAAAGCUUCCGCAUCUGGUAAUAACGCACCUCUGAAUGAACUUAUGAAGAAGUUAGUUAAAGAAGGCAAAAUGGAGUUGUCUGAGUAUGAAAAGUUGGUGUUGGAGACUCGCAAGCCAGUCAGUAACGCACAUUUGUUUGACGAUGAAGAUGAAAGCUACGACAGCGAGUCACCAGCCAAUGAGCCCGCACUUGCAUCGUCUUUGGUUAGCUCGGGUGAAAGAAAACGAAGGCAGUCAAGAGGAGGUAUCAAUAUCGCUGUAUUGAACGCCCAGACUGCAAGUGAAGAGGAACCGGUUGAUAAAAAAGCUCGUGUUUAA